GACGGGGAAACAAAUUCAUUCCGGUGCCACAUUGCAACAAAUAUUCAUUCGCUGUUUUGGCUGAUGAACUCAGCCUCGACUAGUUUUUGUCGACAGCUUGGCACAAACGAGGAUACGAUUCCACAUCUAAGUCAGGUUUUGCUCCCGAUCGCUCGGUUCUUCCUUUCAGAGACUGGUUUGUACUGUAGUCAUUCUGUACAAUUCCUGUGAUGCAGGCAAUCAAAUGUGUUGUUGUUGGUGACGGUGCCGUUGGCAAGACCUGUCUAUUGAUUUCCUAUACGACGAAUGCGUUCCCGGGAGAGUACAUUCCAACUGUGUUUGAUAACUACUCUGCCAAUGUGAUGGUUGAUGGAAAAACUAUUUCUCUCGGACUAUGGGACACCGCUGGUCAAGAGGACUAUGAUCGGCUUCGUCCCCUUUCAUACCCUCAAACGGAUGUAUUCUUGAUUUGUUUCUCUUUGGUCAGCCCUCCGAGUUAUGAGAACGUUAGGACCAAGUGGUGGCCCGAGAUAUCACAUCAUGCUCCUUCUACAUCAGUGGUGCUUGUUGGAACGAAAUUAGACCUUCGUGAAGAUCCUGCUACGAUUGAGAAGCUUCGUGAUCGGCGCAUGCAACCAAUUCAAUACUCGCAAGGCGUCACAAUGGCUAAAGAUGUCGGAGCUGUGAAGUAUCUUGAAUGCUCAGCGCUUACGCAGAAGGGACUGAAAACUGUAUUUGAUGAAGCCAUCAGGGCGGUUUUAAAUCCUCCCCCAAAGAAAGAGAAGCGGGGUGGUGGUAAAUGUAUAAUCGCGUGACAUGCGAUCGUACUUUAGUGAAUUUGACAGUAACACUGCCGCAGGUAGAAUUUCUUCUCGUCCUAUGUCCAUUGAAAUAUGUGGUAUCUCAUUUCACCGUCAAGUUUAAAAUUUACUGCAAGGAAACCAGGUUUACUAUAUAAUAAUCCGCAGAGAUUGCUAAACCAAACAGUGAUAUGUCGGAAAAAUC